GUAACAGGAGGAUACUGGAGCUUUGGGGCCACAAUGUGCAACGUGUUUGUCAUGUUGGAUGUGCUAUUUUGUACAGCUUCUAUCUUAAACUUGGUCGCCAUUGGUCUCGACAGGUAUUUGGCGGUGACCAAACCUAUAAGUUACGCAAAGCGUGACAACGUCAGAAGAAUCCAACUAUCGAUUUCAGCGGUAUGGAUCUCGUCCAUUCUUAUUGCUCUCCCGGUUGUGUGUGGUUUAAACGAUUACGAAGGCCAAGAUCCCACCACGUGCCAGUCAAACAAUGCUGUUUACAUGAUUACUUCCUCCAUAGGCUCGUUUUACAUCCCUGCAAUAGUUUUGCUUGUGGUUUAUCAACGAAUUUUUUCUCUCAUCCGGCAACGACACAAACUGUCCGGUAAGUCGCAGUGCAGUAAAUCGGAAGCUUCCGGUAGUUUUGGCGACCUCUAUCAUCGUCGAGGCUUGAUCAAUAAGAAUAGAGAAACAACAGAGAUCGAGUUGCAAACUGACAGAUUGACGACAUUCAAUAGUAGUUUCACACCCGUCAGUCGUCCAGAAACAAUGUGCAGCUCACCGGUUUUUCAAGCACUCGAGACGAAGUACACUGACCCUACCAUGGAUAACAAAUUAAAGAGUUCUGUUCCCGACAGUGAAACGAAUGAACCCUCGGAAUAUCGUUUUUGGGGACCGAGAUUGGACAUAAGUUCACCCAGAAUAUGCCCUUAUGAAGAAGCUUGGGAGAAUUUCCCACUUCCUCCUAGCUCUUCUUCACUGGCAAGACGGUUCACACUUCCUUUGACUGACCAACCGGAUAAAAGAACAAAUCAUCUACAACACUUUCCUGAAAAACAUAUCUCCGAAAACAAGAAAAUCCACAAAACCUCACAAGCUGAAGAGCCGAAACAGCGUACAAGGUCGUUGUGUGAAUACAGCAACAAAGGGAACGACACAGAGUUUUUUCUCUCCCACCCACCAAUGUCAACUACACAGACCUCUCAGCUAACGCCUUGUGAAAAUUCACGAUAUAACAAUGUCAUCCCAAAGGAAACUCUGAUCAAUAUAGGCCAGGGCAAGUCCAUCAACUGCCCACAGGAAACGUUUGAUCUGGUGUGUUGUGAAGAUUCAUCCCGGAAAAUAAAUUUGUUCUGCUGUUAUUGCGGUAUACGCACGGACCCAUCCAGCGGAACCAGUACACUUUCGGCAGCAGAUAUCUGCGGCUAUAUUAUUUCAUCCUCUACGGACGAUAUAUCGGAGGCUCAGCCAACGUCAGCGGGCAUUUGCCGUUGCAACGAAAACACGUGUUGUUGUUCCAUAACACUUGAAGAUAACCAAGCCGUCGGUGAUAAUACAAACAAUAUUGAUAUUUUAUCAACCACAUUUCGUAACAAUGACCCAAGGGAUUCUCUGACUCGUGGCUUUGACCCAUCAAACUUAGGCGUAAAAAGCUCUGUGCAAAUGCAUGACCUCAAAAAACAAGAAUGCAUCAUAAAAACCAGUAGGCUGACGAAAUUUCAUCAAGCAGCUGGAACAUGGUUUUCAAAGAAACUCUUCGGGUUAAACCACAUGUUCCGGCAAAGGUCAGAGAGGUUGGCCAUCAAAAGUACCACAGUGAAUGGAUCCGUGUCGUCUUACCUCAAGAGUACAGCCGUGAGACGGGCAACCUUUCCACAAACUCGACUAACGUGGGAUCAACCGGUUUUCGAAAGCCCGUUAGAACCUGCGGUUGAAAAACUAACCUCGCCAGUUCGAAAUGCACAUCGAAGAGUUAAUUUCCACAAUUCCAAACAGCGUUCAGUUUCGCAAAGGGAGAAGAAAGCUACCAAAACUUUGGCUAUCGUUCUUGGAGCCUUCCUCGCUUGCUGGCUUCCCUUCUUCACGAUCAAUGUGACGAUUGGCAUAUGCAUAUUACGUGGCACAAUUUCCGAUUCAUUCUGCACAAUUAACACGCAACUCAUGCCCAGUUUCACAUGGUUGGGCUAUGUCAACUCACUUCUCAAUCCUGUCAUUUACACUAUUUUCAAUUUGGAAUUUCGCGCUGCCUUCAAAAAACUUCUGCACAUCAGAUAA